GGAGAAGUUGAGCCCCAUCUUGGGCGAAGAGAGCUGCAGUCGGAGCCCGCGCUCCCCGGGCCGCCGCAGCGCAGCGGGGCCGCCGCGCCCACCCGCGGAAGGGAAGGGCCGCCUCGCCUCCUCUUCUUCCUCCUCGCCGCAGCCGCGCCGGCCCUCCGCCCGGCGGGGCUGCCCGUGGGGCUCGCCCGCGGGCUAGUUCCGAGCAGGAUGCGCCUGGCGCUGGUCUCCAGGUAGAGCGCGGAGGCAGGGCGGGGAGGAGAGGGGGGGACGGGGCCGCCUAGGCCUCUCCCGGCGGCCGCGAGGCCCCCCGCGCGGGGCGGGCCACGGGCCCGCUGCUGCGCCCGCCGCGCCCGGGGCCCGAGCCGCGCCGCGGCCGGCAGGAAGCCGCGGGGCGCUCGGCCGGUCCCGCCGCGCUCGGAGCGAGGGCUGCGGCGGGGAGGAGAAGGAGGAGGAGGAGGCCCGCGUCCCGGCCGCGGGAGGAGGGCUGCGGACGGGGAGGAAGAGGAGGAGCCCCGCCGCCCCCCGCGCGGUCCGCCGCCCGCCAGCGGGAGCGCCACGGCCCGCCCGCCCGUCGCAGGAAGCAGCCGGAGGAUGUGUGGUAGUGCCGGGGGCCCGGUCGGCACACAGUGACAGCCCGCCCCGGCAACGCGCUCCCUUCGCCCCGGCUGGUGGAGCCCCUCCCCGCGGAGGAAACAUGUCCAAGAUGCCGGCCAAAAAAAAAAGCUGCUUCCAGAUCACCAGCGUGACCACGGCUCAGGUGGCCAGCAGCAUCACCGAGGACACUGAGAGCCUGGACGACCCGGAUGAGUCCCGCACUGAGGACGUGUCUUCUGAAAUCUUUGAUGUUUCCCGAGCCACAGACUACGGCCCUGAGGAUGUGUGCGAGCGGAGCUCCUCCGAAGAGACUCUCAACAACGUGGGCGAGGCCGAAACUCCUGGCACCGUCUCUCCCAACCUCCUUUUGGAUGGGCAGCUGGCUGUUGGUGGGGUAGCUGCGGCUGUGCCAGCUGCAGCCCCCAAUGGAGGGGCUGUGCCCAAGAGCUCUGCUGCACCCCUGUCAGCUGCCGCUCCUGGCGCUGCCGUGGCAGGAGCCAGCAGUGCUCAAACUGCCUUGCCCUCCGCAGGGCCUUCUGCAUCAUCCGCUCCUGGGACGAUGUCUCAGACAGUGGCUGCUGCAUGCAGCUCGCGCUUCAGGGUGAUCAAGCUGGACCAUGGUUCAGGGGAGCCCUACAGGCGAGGACGAUGGACGUGUAUGGAGUAUUAUGACCGGGACUCGGAUGGUGGUGGUGUUCUGGGCAGGACUGGAGAUUGCAUUAGGCACAGCAGCACCUUUGAGCAGGCCACUCAAGAGAGGGACAGUGGCCUCGGUGCCACAGGAGGUUCUGUUGUGGUCUCGGCUGUGCCAGCGUCGGCCUACGGCCCCGAUUCUGUAGCUGACAGUUCCCUGACUGCUGUGUCACAGCUACUCCAGACGGAGAAAAUGAACCAGUCCUCUCUACAGCAACCUAAUUUUGUCAUUGGGCAACAACAGCAGCCGCAACAACCCAUAGGUGGGGCCGUGCCUCAUAGUACUGCUCAGCCUAUGUUUUCUGGGGCAUCAGUAACAAAUCAGCAAAUGAUGGUGCCACAGCAAUCACAGCCACAGGUAAAUACGCAAGGUGUUGCACAGGCUGGACCCAAUGGGAAAGGCAUGGCACCUCCAAAUGUGACAAUAGGCCAGACAAGCAUUCCUGUGGCACAGCAGCAGGUGCAGCAGGCAAGCAUACCAGUGACUCAGCCUCAACAAUUUGCUUACUCUCAGUCCCAGAUUCCACCAGUGCAUCUACUGCCAACACAGCCUUCUGGUCAGACCGAAUACAUGCAGCAUGUGACAAUUAUGCAGUCUCAAGGAGCUAUUCAACAGGCUACUGCGGGCUCUGUUCCAAGUACUGUGGCUUCCAGCCUUCCUGUGGGGCAGGUGGCUGGCCAAAACCCCUCACCUGUGGGAGCGCCAGUGAUGGGGGUGUCAACGCAGCCCGGUGAAGCAGUUGGACAGGGAUUGGGAUUAAUGCAGAGUGGCCAGACACAAGCUAGUCAGCCUGCCGUUCCGCAACCAGGAGGUGUGGUGCAGCAAGGCAUUGGACAUACAGGAGUUGUGCAACAGAAAUCUGUGACUCAGCAUCAAAUGAGUGGAAGCAGCCAAGUGUCUGGAAUGCCUGGUGCUCCCCAUGCUGUGGUCUCCGGAGUUCAGAACGUGCCUGCGGUUGUGCCCGGUACAAGUGUGCCUACUGCGUCUACCACCAUUUCUGUUACUAUGCCAAAUGUCCCUGUUACGCUAGUUCAGUCCCAGCUGACGAGCCACACUUCUGUCAGCAGAAGUACCGGCGUUGUCCAGCCGCAGCAUGUUGGACACUCGUUAAUGCAAGGCACGCCUAACGUACCUGCGAAUCUGCCACAGUCAAACCUCGGACAGUUUCAGACCCAAGCUCAGUCCUUAGUAGGCCAGAUUGAUGAGUCUAGAAGAAAAUCGGAACCCCUACCUCAGCCACCACUUUCUCUUAUAGCUGAAAAUAAACCUCUUGUGAAGCCUCCCAUUCCAGACACUCUAGCAAAUCCUCUUCAGUUACCUGCAAGUACUCCUAUGAACAGUCUUGCCAGCUCUGUGUUUGGCAUAUCUAUUCCUGUUGAUGGUGAUGAGGACAGUGCAUCUGGUGCAAGUGUUGUUGCCAUUGACAACAAAAUAGAACAGGCAAUGGAUCUAGUGAAAAGCCAUUUGAUGUAUGCUGUAAGAGAAGAGGUGGAAGUCCUGAAGGAACAAAUAAAGGAAUUAGUUGAAAGAAACUCUUUACUUGAACGAGAAAAUGCACUGUUAAAAUCUCUCUCAAACAAUGAUCAGUUAUCCCAACUUUCAACCCAACAGGCCAAUCCUAGUAGCACUUCACAAGCGCAAACAGUGAUAGCACAGCCUCUGCAGCCAACGCAACCUCCACAGCAGCCGAAUGUCUCCUCAGCGUAAAGCUUUCUCGCCUCCAUGGAAACACAAGCCCGAGAGCAGUCUGUCCUUGUGUGCCACUGAUGUUCUUUCCACUUUAUAUGAAAGCGAGUAGCCAUGCUUCUGUUGUGUGUUUGGCCUUUUCAGUAUUAGACAAUCAUUCUACAAGAGCUGUCCCUCACUGGUGUGUCCCGAAGUGCAGUUGGUGUCCGUUACGUCAUCAGUGCACAAGGGAAGUUGUAGAAGGAGUUACUAAUGCAGAGAAUGCAUUUGUUUGGUGUGCAGGAGGGAGGUCUUUAAGAGCUUUGGUGGCUCUGCAAGGUUUCCAUGUCCCGUGGAUUACUUUGAGCCUUGCUGUCUGGUAAGAAGUAACAAUUCAUCUUCAGAGCCACUGUUCUUUCAAUAUAAGUAACAUUUGCCUACGUUAGUUUCAUUUAUUUGUUUUAUUUAUUACAGGGCUGCUAUUUUCAUAAUGUACAUGAACAAUGUCACAGAACUUUUUAAUUUUUUUUUUUAAUAAAUGUAUGUAUCAAAUAAUAGAUGGGAUUGCGUUUAAUAGAUAAAAUGUUUAGGCAAUAAUUGAACAAAAGAAUCCUGGCAUAUUUCUAACACUAAUGGCAAUUUACCUUUGGUAUUUAUUUACGGUAGUAAAGAUCCAGCUCGAAUGUAAAUUUUGUAUAGAGUGUAAGUAUGAAGACCAUAGUGCAUCUGUACAGGUAGUCACCAGUUAUUGUGCUAUAAUAAAUAAUUGAUGGGCUAUUUUGAUGAAGAAAACUUUGCUCAUUUCUGUUUCUACUUUCUAAUAGAGAGAAAUUGCCAUGAUUCCUCUGCUUUUUGACAUUUCGUACAAUUUUUUUUUUUUUUUUUUUUUUGGGUGGGAAUAAAAAGCUGUGAAAUUGUUCAACCUACUUUGUAACCAAAGAAGCAAAGCUGUGUAAUUGAGUUGUUUUGUUUGUUGGUUUGGUUUUUUUGUUUUUUUUUAUUUUAUAAUGCACAUUCUUUAUGUAUUUUUAUUUAGUGUUUUCUCAUUCACAACUUUCUUUGCUGUCUAGCAUGAUCUGCAUGACCUAUAAUCUUUGAACCACUUUCGUACCUCAUGUUUUUAUCCAGCACUCUUAUUGUAAUAUGUAAUAGUCUGUGAACAAUGUCAAAUAAAAAAGAAAGAACAGCUGGUGUUGGUGGAGCUGAGCUAGUGUGCAAUGCACUAGUUGUUUAAAAAAAAAAAUAAAUGAAGUGAGCCAUCUUUUGUUCAUUUAAAAUGGUGUUUUGAAUUUCGUAUGCAGAAAACGUUUUGUUACAUUGCAGAUUUUAAUGUAUUUAAUAAAUGCAACAUGCAGAUUAA